AAGGCGGCGGCCGCCCGCGCCGGCAGUGGCACGGGCUCCUGCAGCGGUCGCCGGCUGCGGCUCGCCAGCUGCUCCGCGCCCCUCGGACCGACCCUCUGCGCGCUCCUCGCCCCCGCCAGCCUACCUCGCUCCCGGCGCCAUGACGACGACUACUACCUUUAAGGGCGUGGACCCCAACAGCAGGAACAGCUCCCGGGUCUUGCGGCCUCCUGGUGGCGGCUCCAACUUUUCUCUCGGCUUCGAUGAACCCACGGAGCAGCCGGCGAGGAGGAACAAGAUGGCCUCCAGCAUCUUCGGGACCCCCGAGGAGAACCCCCCUUCCUGGGCCAAGUCCUCGGGCGCCAAGUCGAGCGGCGGCAGGGAAGAGGCGGAGUCGGCGGGACCCCAGCCCCGCAGCGCGUCUGAGGCCAGCACCGGAGACUGCCUGGAGCUGAAGGGGGAAGGCGAAGUUCAUGAAAACACAGACGUGGAUUUGCCGGCCCAGAGCGAAGAGAAGCCGGUGCCCGCCGCCCCCGUGCCCAGCCCCGUGGCGCCAGCCCCGGUGCCGUCCCGGAGAAACCCCCCCGGCGGCAAGUCCAGCCUGGUCCUGGGUUAGCCCCGACCCCCGCGCCCAUUGGUGUGUGUCCGUGUGUGCGUGCGUUUUCUCCGUGCUCGUGAACUACACAACUUGAGCCUGAACAUCUUUCGGAUUUGUUUCAUUAAAAAAGAAGCACUUUAUGUACUGCUGUCUUUCUGUUUCGUUUCGUUUUUUUUGUUUUUCCCCCCUCUGAUAAACAGGUUUCUCUCUCUCUCUCUCUCUCUCUCUCUCUCUCUCUCUCUCUCUCUCUCUCUCUCUCUCUCUCUCUCUCUCUCGCUCUCGCUCUCGCUCUCUCGCUCUCUCCCCCUCUCUCUCGCUCUCUCCCUCUCUCCCUCUCUCUCUGUCCCGACUCCCCGGGUCUUUGGGUCAUGGCGUGAGUGUUUCCCGGUAGUAGAGGGCACGUUUAGUGACAGUGCUGUGUUUGGAAGAACCAAUAAAAUGGUCCCAACUGUUCAA